AUGUGUACUCUGGAGAAGCGCGGCAACAUCUUCUUCCUAACCCUAACCGGCGCCGGCGACUACGACGACGACAACGAGCACCGCCUUGGCCUCCCCGUCAUCUCCUCCCUCCUCUCCUCCCUCGCCGACGUCGCCUCCCAAUCCACCCGCGGCUCCGUCCUCAUCACCACCGCCCGCGGCAAGUUCUUCUCCAACGGCUUCGACCUCGCCUGGGCCCAGUCCGCCGGCCCCUCCUCCGCCCUCCACCGCCUCCACCAGAUGGUCAUCGCCUUCAAGCCCGUCGUCGCCGCCCUCCUCUCCCUCCCCAUGCCCACCAUCGCCGCCCUCCCCGGCCACGCCGCCGCCGCCGGCCUCCUCCUCGCCCUCAGCCACGACUACGUCACCAUGCGCGGCGAUCGCGGCGUGCUCUACAUGAGCGAGGUCGACCUGGGGCUGCCGCUGCCGGACUACUUCGUGGCGGCGUUCCGGGCCAAGAUCGGGUCGAACUCGGCCCGGAGGAACAUCCUGCUGAGGGGGAUGAAGGUGAGGGGAGAGGAAGCGGUGAGGAUGGGGAUCGUGGAAUCGGCGCACGAGAGCGCCGAGGCGGCGGUGGAGGCGGCGGUGCAGAUGGCGGAGAAGCUGGGGGAGAGGAAAUGGAAAGGUGACGUGUACGCUGAGAUCAGGAUGAGCUUGUACCCGGAGCUAUGUGCGGUGCUGGGAUUGGCUAAAGUCGUCCCUACCGCAAAGCUGUGAGCUUUUUGUUCUCUCUGAUCAGUUAUCACGAAAUUGAAGUCUCUAAAUGUGUUUGGAUUCAGCAAUGAAUAACUUGCAAAUAGAUAGAAGGGUUUGAACCUGUUGGAUUAAGUUUGUGUAAGAUUGUAACAAAUGGAAGAAAAAUAAGAAUGUCUGUUACUCUC